AUGGCCUCCAGCGCCAGGCAGUACAGGCAAUGGAUCAAUACGAUAGACUAUUUUUGGCUUAUCAAGGAUAGUGAUCCGAGUUAUCUUGCUAAACUUCUUGGACUGAGUGUCCGAGACUUUUCAACAUCGGGGAGCUUCAGGUAUCGACCAAAGUUAAGGAAACAGACAUUGAAUGUGCUUCUGAAGAUUGAAAAACUUUCAAUUCGAUGGACUACAUUUAUUGAGAAUCACCUCAAACUGGACAUAGAGAAGUCAACGCUGUGGGUCCUUUGGGUAACCUCCGAAGAUAUAUACAUACCACUAUAUAAUUUCCAGGAACGGUGCUUGCAACGGUUCUCUGAGUCUACCCCUGAACUGAUUCAGAGAAAUAUUUCACUUUAUAAAUUCCAACAGGAGAUUGCAGCGACAUGGGCAAUACUUUUCACUACCGGAGGUAACCUCAGGGAGAGAGCGACAGAAUACAGGCGAAUCAAAGACCCACCUUGGGCUUCACCUGAAUCCUUAAGAUUCCAGAAGCACUACCAUCUCCAACAUGCCGCCAAGAUCCACAAGAAAUUCAAGAUAAUGACUCGAGAGAGGACUCCACUCAGAUAUGCAGAGUUCCCGAUUCUCGAGACACGGCUUAGACAACUUCGUCAUUACAUGGACUCUAGCCAACCUCGCACACUCCGCCAGCUAUGGAACGAUAAUCGAGACACACUCAGCUAUUACACGUUUUGGGGCGUUAUUAUUUUCGGCGGUUUGAGUGUCUUUCACGCCUUCUUCUCGCUUAUGAUUGGCAUCGCUCAAACUGUUGCAGCCUUCAAGACGCUCGCUGUUACCACCCCUCCAGUACCAAGUCCUUGA